AUGCAGUCUGACGAGUUGAUGCAGAGUGUAUCUCUGCCUACAAAGUAUGUGUUAACAUUUGCGCUGGAGCGGUUCAGUAUAUGCAUGAAGAACGACAUAGAGCAGCAAGAGGAGACAGAAGAGGAGACAGCAGAAGCUCUUAAAGAAGCAAAAACUAUCAAAGCAAUUGGCUACACCCCAACAGACCCAUCCAGGAGUUUUCCCCCCGGCUUUCCUCAGCCCCCGCCCCCGCCCCCUCUAGCAGCAGCAGCAGCAGGUGCUGCUGCUGCUGCUGCUGCUGCUGCUGCUGGUGGUGGUGGGGGAGGAGGGGCAGCUAGCUACAUGCGUACUGAUAGUGCAGCAGAGAAGGCCUUUCUAUCUAUUGAACUGUUUAAUUUGGGGGCUGCUCUGGACCUCCUAAGUAAACAAGAUGCAGCAGGAAGAGACAGCAGCGAAUGGUCGUUUUGUAUUUCUUUAUCGAAUGUUGCUGUGAGGCAGCAAAAACAUUUACUUAUGUAUUUCCGUAGAGACCAUGAAGCUGCUCCGGCUGCACCCAUCACGCCUGCUGCUGCUGAUGUUGUUGCUGCAACCACAACUGCAGCAACUGCAGCACCAGCACCAGCAGCAGCAGCAGAAUCCCCCAGAAUGUCAGCCUACCGACGCCGGCUGCUGAUGCUGGGCACCGCAGCGACGGGAGAUACCGAACCUUCUCUAACCAGCAGCAACAGCAGCAGCAGCAGCAGCAGCAGCAGCAGCUGCAGCAGCAGCAGCAGCAGCAGUUGGACUCCAAGUGUGAGCAGUAGUGGAGUAUCAUCAUCAUCAUCAUCAUCAGGAUUUGGUGUUGGUGGUGUUGCUGGUGAAUCUGCUGCUGGUGCUGCUGCUGCUGCUGCUGCAGCUGGUUCUUGUCUUACUGCAGCACGACUGGAGCUGCGGCAUGACCUCACCCCCACCGGAAAUAUUUUGGGGGUUUACAUCCGCCUGGCUCCGCUCGUUGCUUCUAUAAAGCCAGAGCUGCUGCGUACGCUCUGCGACUUCUUUGUCUUUGAGACCCCAGCAGAUGUGAAGAGGUUAGAGGAGGAAGAAGAGCGACGUGCUGCUGCUGCAGCAGCUGCUGCUGCUGCUGCAGCAGCUGCUUCUGGCGCUGGUUCUGGGCAGCAGCAGCCCUCUAGCACCAACAGCAGCAGCAGCAGCAGCAGCAGUCGUGUGGCUACAGAUGUAGAUUCAAUGCAACCACCACCACAAAAGGCAGCAGCAGCAGCAGCAGCAGAAACAACAGAAGCAGCAGAAGCUGCAGCAGCAGCAACAGCAGCAGCAGCAGCAGCAAUAGAAACUCCCUCCGAGCCAAGGUCACAGUUAACAUUUGUCUCGACGUGGCGUUUCGGGCGUUGCGGGUUUUUGAUACGGGGUUUGGCGGAGAGGGAGAAAACAGCAGCAGCAGCUGCUGCUGCAGCAGCAGCAGGAGCAGGAGCAGCAGCAGGAGCAGCAGCAGCAGGAGAGACAGGCCCGCCUGUGCUGCAGGCGGAGCUGACAGACCUGCAGAUGCAGCUAACAGCAGACCUAGCUACUGGGCGGUGUGGGGCCGUUGCUGAGCUGCAUCAGGUUCUCGUGUCUGACCCCUCCACCGACUCCCCACUCUUCUUGUCUUUACAAAACACCAUCACCCCAGCAGACAGUAUUGAGCUGAAUACGACUGCUGCAGCAGCGGGUGCGGAUGCGGAUUCAGAUGCUGCAGCAGCAGCAGCUGCUGCUGCUGCAGCAGCUGCUGCGCAGCAGCAACAGCACUAG